UAUUCAAAACGUUAUCAUUUCCACAUGUAACCAGUAUGAAAAUUAUUGAGACACUUUGCAUCCCUUUCUUUGUACUAAGUUUCUUAUAUUCGGUGGGCAUCUGAGUUACACAUCUCCACGUGAGCGGGCCAUGUUUCAAGGGCGCCCUGGCCACACACGCCGAGUGGGGGCUGUGUGGGGCGCCGAGUGGGGGCUGCGUGGGGCGCCGAGUGGGGGCUGCGUGGGGCGCCGAGUGGGGGCUGCGUGGGGCGCCGAGUGGGGGCUCCGUGGGUCACCGUGGUCCCAAAGGAGCCACUUUCCCGGAGUCCGCGUGUCCUCAGCACCUGGACGUGUCGGGGAAACUCCAGGGCCAACCUUCACCCACAAGGGCCGCUCGGGACGAGAUGAUUCACGCCCGGGUCUGGAGUGAGCCCACGCCUUCAGCAUCUGCCACCUCAGAGGUGGUCCCGGAGAACACUUUCAACCAGUGUGCAUUUUUCACCUUCCUACCAGCCUGUCCCCUCGUAUUUAAACAGAUACUUGGCUCCCCCUGAAGAUGGGGGCCCCCUCCCUCCUUUGCAGUCUCCUCCUUUGAAGCCAGUUUGUGGGGUGUCAUGGCACAUCUGCGGGUUCCCUGGGCUGCUUAGGGGAAUCUGGGGGGAGGGUUUCUGCGCUUCUGUGCAAGCCGCCCAGGUCCGGCAUGACGGGUUCUUUCGGCGCUUCCCCGAUGCCGGCUUGGGCCUCCGGCGACGGCGCUGGGGGGAGAGCAAGCCGGGGCCGGGGCUCACGGAGCCGGACUGGACUGCUCCCUCGGCUCGGAAGCGAGCUCUCGCCAGCAUCACACUCACGCGACAACUCUGCGGUCCUUCUGCCUCCGCACGGGGCCCCCGGCCGCGGCCACACACCGCGCCGGAGGGACGCGCCGGCCGCCGGACUCUCGCCCCGCCGCCGGCCCUCGGCCGAAGGGGAAGAGGCGCGACUUCCGCCUGGACGGAGCCACUUCCGGAAGUGACGUCGGAGUGUCAACAUGCAAGAUGGCGGCCCAUCACCGGCAGAACACGGCCGGGCGGAGGAAAGUGCAGGUUUCCUAUGUGAUUCGCGAUGAAGUGGAGAAGUACAAUCGGAACGGAGUCAAUGCCCUGCAGCUGGACCCGGCCCUCAACAGGCUUUUCACGGCCGGUCGAGACUCCAUCAUAAGGAUAUGGAGCGUCAAUCAGCACAAGCAAGACCCAUACAUAGCAUCUAUGGAGCACCAUACCGAUUGGGUAAACGACAUUGUACUCUGUUGUAAUGGGAAAACAUUAAUAUCUGCUUCUUCUGACACGACAGUAAAAGUAUGGAAUGCACAUAAGGGAUUUUGUAUGUCAACAUUAAGGACACAUAAGGAUUAUGUAAAGGCCUUAGCAUAUGCCAAGGAUAAAGAACUGGUAGCAUCGGCUGGGUUGGACAGACAAAUAUUCCUUUGGGAUGUGAAUACUCUAACAGCACUGACUGCCUCAAAUAACACUGUCACAACUUCUUCUUUAAGUGGGAACAAAGAUUCCAUUUAUAGCCUGGCAAUGAAUCAACUGGGAACAAUCAUUGUAUCAGGGUCCACUGAGAAGGUUUUAAGGGUAUGGGACCCAAGAACAUGUGCAAAACUGAUGAAGCUUAAAGGGCACACGGAUAAUGUGAAAGCGUUGCUGCUGAACAGAGACGGCACCCAGUGUCUUUCUGGCAGUUCUGAUGGGACAAUUCGCCUGUGGUCCCUCGGUCAGCAGAGAUGUAUAGCGACGUACCGAGUCCAUGAUGAAGGUGUUUGGGCUCUGCAAGUCAAUGACGCCUUCACACACGUGUAUUCUGGAGGGAGGGACCGGAAGAUUUAUUGUACAGACCUAAGAAACCCUGACAUUCGAGUGCUGAUUUGUGAAGAAAAGGCACCAGUUCUCAAGAUGGAGCUUGAUAGGUCAGCUGAUCCGCCUCCUGCAAUCUGGGUUGCAACAACGAAAUCUACAGUAAAUAAAUGGACAUUGAAGGGAAUUCACAACUUUAGAGCCUCUGGAGAUUAUGACAAUGACUGUACAAACCCUAUAACACCCCUUUGUACACAACCUGACCAGGUUAUUAAAGGCGGUGCCAGUAUUAUUCAGUGCCACAUUCUGAAUGAUAAGAGACAUAUAUUAACAAAAGAUACCAAUAACAAUGUGGCAUAUUGGGACGUAUUGAAGGCAAGUAAAGUGGAAGAUCUGGGCAAAGUGGAUUUUGAAGAUGAAAUUAAAAAAAGAUUUAAGAUGGUAUAUGUACCAAAUUGGUUCUCAGUAGACUUAAAAACAGGGAUGCUGACUAUUACUCUGGACGAGAGCGACUGUUUUGCUGCUUGGGUUUCUGCCAAAGAUGCCGGCUUCAGCAGCCCUGACGGGUCAGAUCCAAAACUGAACUUAGGAGGACUUUUGCUCCAGGCACUCCUAGAAUAUUGGCCUAGAACACAUGUGAAUCCCAUAGACGAAGAAGAAAAUGAAGUAAACCAUGUAAAUGGGGAGCAAGAGAACCGAGUACAGAAGGGGAAUGGCUAUUUCCAAGUGCCCCCCCACACCCCCGUGAUCUUUGGUGAAGCAGGAGGCCGCACACUGUUCAGGCUGCUCUGCCGGGAUUCCGGAGGGGAGACCGAGUCCAUGCUCCUCAAUGAGACGGUGCCGCAAUGGGUAAUUGACAUCACUGUGGAUGAUAAAUUCCUAGAAGUGGAAUUGCUGGAUCAAAGGAAAAAUAUGCCCAAAUUCAACAAAAUUCCUUUCUACCUCCAACCUCAUGCAUCUUCAGGAGCAAAAACCUUAAAAAAAGAUAGACUUUCUGCUAGCGACAUGCUCCAAGUCCGGAAAGUCAUGGAACAUGUUUAUGAGAAAAUCAUCAACUUGGAUAAUGAGUCGCAAACCACUAGCUCUUCUAAUAAUGAAAAGCCAGGAGAACAGGAGAAAGAGGAGGAUAUUGCUGUGUUGGCAGAGGAGAAAAUUGAACUUCUGUGCCAGGACCAGGUUUUGGAUCCAAAUAUGGACCUGCGGACAGUGAAACACUUCAUAUGGAAGAGUGGCGGUGACCUCACCCUCCAUUACCGGCAGAAGUCCACGUGAGGGGUGGGCGAGCGCUCCUGGGUAUCCAUUUACUGACCUUCCUCUGUGGCCCCAAGAGUAGUCCUAGGAAGCCCACUGAGCCCAGUGGGAGCCAGACUUCUAAUGGCCGAUUUGGUAUGGACCGAGAUUCUCUUUCAACUGCAGUGACUAAUGGAAAUGUAAUAUAGAAACCAGUCUCCUUGUGUAGAGCAAUCUGUCCCCAGGGAGGCAGAGUCUGAGAGCAGAACCCCAGCCAACUGUCUCUCGAGAUGUACAGAGAACUGACAGGCCAGCGCAGGCCUGGCUUCCUCCUUUUAUUUCAAAGGACCUUAUCUUCGUUAGCACUUGUUAGAAACACAUCCUGUAGGGCCAUAUCUGUCACUGUGUUUCCACUUCACACGUGCUGAGUAGCUUUUCUAAGAGUACAUUCCAUUCGUGCAGUACCUAUGAAGGCUUUUUCCAAGUUUGUCAUUAAAAACAAAUUGUUUUCCCA